GAGGAUGUCGGUGAUGAUAAUCGGACAAUGUGAGACCAGAGUGAACCCCGCGUGUGCAAAUAGGAGUGCCUGGAUGUGCGCGCGCCCACGUAUUGAUCCUGCGGAGGAUCCUGAGGGAGGCAGUGUCCCAGCAUCCUGCGAGGAUGUUCGGCGUUCGGAAAAUGUGGUGGAAGCAAUGCGCCAGGUCCUAGGAAUCCUGCGGAAACCGAUGCAAGAAGAGCGGAUAGAAGAGGAGAAUCGCAUCAGGAAAAAAAACGAGGAGAACCGGUGUGUUUUGCGUUCAUCCAUACAUGUGAUAAUUAAGUGAUAGAAUGUUGUGGCGCCGCUUGAUCCGCUUCUUGCUCUUCUUCUGUUCGACGACCAUACACGUUUCGCUAUCGAAUCCUGACGCGAAGAGGCUCUACGACGAUCUGCUCAGCAAUUACAACCGUCUAAUCAGACCGGUCAGCAAUAACACGGACACCGUUCUCGUUAAGCUAGGUCUCAGAUUGUCGCAGCUCAUCGAACUGAAUUUGAAGGACCAAAUUUUGACGACCAACGUUUGGCUCGAGCACGAAUGGACGGAUCACAAGUUCAUGUGGGAUCCCCAGGAGUACGGAGGUGUCACGGAACUCUACGUGCCUUCCGAGCACAUUUGGUUACCUGACAUCGUCCUAUACAACAAUGCUGAUGGAGAAUAUGUAGUAACAACAAUGACUAAAGCUGUAUUAAGGCACACUGGGAAAGUGUUGUGGACGCCUCCGGCGAUUUUCAAGUCAUCGUGCGAGAUUGAUGUCAGAUACUUUCCGUUCGAUCAGCAGACGUGUUUCAUGAAGUUCGGUUCUUGGACGUACGAUGGAAAUCAGAUUGAUCUUAAGCACAUUAAUCAAAAAGUAGGAGAGGAUAAGGUAGAGGUAGGCAUAGAUUUAAGGGAAUAUUACCCGAGCGUGGAAUGGGACAUCCUAGGUGUUCCGGCGGAAAGACACGAGAAGUACUACCCCUGUUGCGCUGAACCAUACCCAGAUAUAUUCUUCAAUAUAACCUUAAGACGCAAGACUCUGUUCUACACGGUCAAUUUGAUAGUUCCCUGCGUAGGAAUCUCGUAUUUGUCUGUGCUGGUCUUCUACCUUCCCGCAGAUUCCGGCGAGAAGAUCGCCCUCUGCAUCAACAUCCUCCUAUCGCAGACGAUGUUCUUCUUGCUGAUAUCGGAGAUCAUACCAUCCACGUCGUUGGCGCUUCCGCUUCUCGGAAAGUACAUUCUAUUCACGAUGGUUCUAGUAGGAUUAUCAGUAGUGAUCACAAUCAUAAUACUCAACGUGCAUUACCGUAAACCGAGCACGCACAAAAUGGCGCCGUGGGUGCGGAACUUCUUCAUCAAGAGCGUUCCCAAACUUCUCCUGAUGAGGGUCCCUAAAGAUCUGCUCACCGAAUUGGCGGCCAACAAAAUCAAUACCUCUUCCGGAAGGAUGAUGAUGGCCAAACGCGAGAUGGACACGCUUCCAUCCACAGCAUCUUCAUCCUCCUCCUCAUCAAGUUCUUCACGAAAUCGACCGGGUUGCAACGGUCUGCACACGACAAGCGCAACAAAUAGAUUGCGCGGUUUUGCUGGUGCCCUAGGCGGUAGGUUAGGUUACAACGGAUUACCAUCGGUCUUCUCAGGUUUGGAUGAGAGCGAUUCCGGUACGCGCAAGAAGUACCCGUUCGAGCUGGAGAAGGCCAUACACAACGUAAUGUUCAUACAGCACCACAUCCAAAGGCAAGAUCAAUUCAACGCUGAAGACCAAGACUGGGGUUUCGUUGCGAUGGUCUUAGAUAGGCUCUUCCUCUGGAUGUUUAUUGUAGCGUCGUUAGUUGGCACUUUCGCAAUAUUGUGCGAAGCGCCCGCACUUUACGACGAUACAGAACCUAUCGACAUGGAACUGUCGUCCGUCGCUCAGCAACAGUAUCUACCGGAAUUUGACUUGAUCUAACUACUACCAGUUUAUACCCUCUCUAUACUCUAAUUACUAUUAUUUCAUAUUUAUUUUUUUUUUGUUUUAAAUUCUUUGAUCGAAGCAUCAAAGUAUUCAUUCAUGAAUCAUUCGAUCAGCGAUCAGCUGUUCAUCGUCGUUGCUGAUCUACCUUUGUUUUCGUUUCGUUC